GCCAGUAGGUGGUCUCGCGGUCCAGUGGUAGUUUACUUCAGACUGAUUUCAUCCCAGGACUGGAAGACGUUAUUAGAAGAUAAACUCCAGCGGCAGAACAGACGACCAACGUCAAAUAUUUCAUCCAAGAUGAGUUCUUCAGAGGAGGACGAGUAUGCAGACUUGAAGACUCACUUCUCCAUGAUAGAGUGGUCCAGGUUGGAGGAAUGGGAGAAAGUACGCUUCAAGAAUAUAAAAAGAAACCAUCUGGCUAUGCUGGCUAUAGGUCUGACCUCCACAGCUCCAGCUUUCAUGCGUCGUGGCAGGGCCAAGGUCCUGGCCCCCCUCCCUGAACCCAGUGACUCUGAGGAAGAGGAGUGGACCCCUCGCAUGGGGAGACCCCCACCAGCCCCACGGACCUCCAGACCCCCUCCUAGGAGACCAGCUGCACCCCGGAGAGCUGCUCGCACACACACACCUGCACCACAGCCCCCCAGUGGGGAGGUGGUGGGACCCAGCAAGGGGACCCGACCCCCCCUAGAAGAGAAAUGUGAUCUGCCAACUUCAGGCUUGUCUAAGGCAGAGUGUGUGAGGAGGAGCAGGGCUGAGGAUAAUGUGUGUGUGUACCUGUCUAAGGCAGAGUGUGUGAUGAGGAGCGGGGCAGCAGAGAAAAUCCAGUUCUCCAGAGGCAGGAGCCUGAGAGAGAGACCCAGGGUCAACUACACUGAGCAGGAGGAGCCCAAAGAUGACCACUACUUCUACUGUGAGGAGUGCAAUUCGUUCUUCAUCGAGGAGUGUGAUCUCCACGGCGCCCCCCUGUUCGUCCCCGAUACCCCUGCAGCCCUGGGGCUGACGGACCGGGCCAGACUCACCCUGCCGCCCGGCCUGGAGGUCAGGAGGUCAAACAUCCCCAGGGCCGGGCUGGGGGUGUUCAACUGUGGGGGGGUGGUCGCCAAGGGAACCCACUACGGCCCCUACGAGGGAGAAGUGAAGGAGGAGGAAGAGGCCAUCGAGAGUGGAUACUCCUGGGUGAUUUACAAGAGCAGACACUGUGACGAGUACAUCGACGCCAAGACAGAGACUCACUCAAACUGGAUGAGGUAUGUGAACUGUGCCCGUAAUGUGGAGGAACAGAACCUGGUGGCGUUUCAGCACCGAGGAGCCAUCCUGUACCGCUGCUGCCGGCCGCUGGCCCUGGGGGAAGAGCUGUUGGUCUGGUACGGAGACGAGUACGCCAGAGACCUGUGCAUCUCCUUUGACUACCUCUGGGACAACAAGAGCUCCACCAGAGGACCAAGGAUAGAGUCGUCCCAGACUCAGGUGUUCUCCUGCUCCCAGUGUCCUCUGUCCUUCACCGCCCAGAUCUACCUCCACAAGCACAUCAAGAGGUGCCACCAUGACCUGUACGUCUCUCUGCUGAGGAGUGGAGAAAUCAGACCAGAGACUCUGUCCUCCUCUCAACCACGCCCCAACACCACUUCCUCCCUCCCCCCGGUCCCCACCCAGGGAAGCAUGGACACGGAAAAGGCCAGACAUCACCACUGUGACCAGUGUGGGAAGAGCUUCAGUCUGUCAAGAAACUUAAAGAGACACCAGCGUGUUCACUCAGGAGAGAGGCCGUACCACUGUGACCAGUGUGGGAAGAGCUUCAGUCUGUCAGGAAACUUAAAGAGACACCAGCGUGUUCACUCAGGAGAGAGGCCGUACCACUGUGACCAGUGUGGGAAGAGCUUCAGUCUGUCAGGACACUUAAAGACACACCAGCGUGUUCACUCAGGAGAGAAGCCGUACCACUGUGACCAGUGUGGGAAGAACUUCAGUCUGUCAGGAGACUUAAAGACACACCAGCGUGUUCACUCAGGAGAGAAGCCGUACCACUGUGACCAGUGUGGGAAGAACUUCAGUCUGUCAGGACACUUAAAGACACACCAGCGUGUUCACUCAGGAGAGAAGCCGUACCACUGUGACCAGUGUGGGAAGAGCUUCAGUCGGUCAGGACAUUUAAAGACACACCAGCGUGUUCACUCAGGAGAGAAGCCGUACCACUGUGACCAGUGUGGGAAGAGCUUCAGUCAGUCAGGAGACUUAAAGAAACACCAGCGUGUUCACUCAGGAGAGAAGCCGUACCACUGUGACCAGUGUGGGAAGAGCUUCAGUCAGUCAGAAACCUUAAAGAGACACUUUUGUUCUGGGAAGACUAGAGAUCCUGAACUCUAGAUCUCACUUAAUAAUUAAACAUAUAUGAACAUAGGAAAUGUAUGUAUUUGUAUUCAUUAUUUUAACUAUAAUAGUACAUAAGAUAUUAGAUUUAAACUGAAAAUGUAUAUUGUAUAUAAAUGUA